ACGAUGAGCCGGCCGCCAUCACCCCUCACAACACAGGCCUGCAGCAUUACGCCCGUAGGUUCACAGAAAGGCCCCUCUCUCACCUCUGGUGACUGUCAGUCGGCUCAGUGUUGAUUCGAAUGAUUCGAUUCGGCGCUUUGUCUGCUGAUUGACUCACUCUCCCGACGGACAGCCGUCUGACGACAGAAAAAAGGAGAACAAACGCCACGUUCUCAAAGGAUUGCCUCAGAUCUCUAAGCUCGCAAACAGUGCAAUCCUGUGUAUCACUCGUGUGUUCAGGUGCAUUUGCGUCGUGUGCAGAGUGACCCGCCCAACGGCACUUCGCUGUCUGCCGCAUUGUGUGAGGGGCUGCUCGAUUUGAUGGGUAACGAGACCACACGACUGACCUCACUCUACCGGUACACACACAAACACACACACACACACACACGCACGCACAGAGAGAGAGAGAGAGAGAGAGAGAGAGAUGUGCGCAAAUGUGUGAGUGUGUGUGUAAUGCAGGACAUCUGUUCACGGCACCAACUAUAGCGAUUUGCACGACCGUGUCGGUGACAACACCGGCAUGGACAUCACUACAUGAGGCACGCAAUCUCGCUGCUUCUCUUCUUCUCUGUUAGGUCUUCGCUACCGUCUUCGCAUCUCGACGGAACCACCUGCUAGACGGAGUGGGCGACGCGGGGCCUCUCGUGGUGGUCAUCAAGAAGGAUCAGUACGUGUUCGGCGCCUUCAUCAGUGGCGGCAUCCAGUCGCCCGACCACACGGCAGGGGGCGGCUUCUAUAAAUGUGAUGGUACGGCUAUCUUUCACUACGAUAUGAUCUACGACGGAUUUCGCACAUACGAGUGUGACGUGUGGCACUUCUCGCUGGCCGGCCACUUCCCCCAACCGACCAAGAUAGAAGGAAACCCAGAGCGGCAGUAUGUGGGGCUUCUUUCGGAAAGAUGGGCGAGUAUGUAUAUCGGAGGCCCUGGGCGUCUGUAUUUGGGGCCUGCUGCCGACAUCCGAAACUGCUCUCAGUGGACGGACAGCGAGUAUGUGCCUGAUGGCUAUACGGGAGAGAGGAUUGAGUUGGAUGGCGAUGCUUUCUUGGGUGGGUCGUACGAGUUCACGGCUGAUGAGAUCGAGGUACUGCAUGGGAGCGUACAGCAGCAGCAGACUGAGGGCAGGACGAAAUCGGUCGCCAGCCGCACGCAAGUGGCCACGGCGGUGCUCGUGGGGCUGACCGCGUUCAUCUAUGCCGCAUCUUGAUGGAUUCAUUCAUGACCUGGCGUGUAUUGCGGUCUCUAGCCGACAUCCG